AAGGAGGAAUUUUCUAAAGCCAACGGCAGUGAUCGCGCUCGCUAAUCCAUCUCGCCCCUCCCGCCGUUGCUUUUGCGCGGAGGAGGAGGAGAUGCCGUGAGGUGUGGGCGGCCGGCCGCCCUUCGCUUCACCCUCAAUCCUUUCCUUUCUGUCGCGGCCAACUCCACCACCUAGCUAGCCUUUAUUCUCCAAGAACUUAAGCACCCCCUCCUCCCCUCCUCCGUCCAUUGCAAUUUGCAGCUCAACUCGCCUCUCGAUCCUCCGAUCCUCCUCGCCUGCUUCCCGCAAACAUCGUGAUCGCCGCCGUCGUUCUUGAUACCGCCAAGUUCUCCGCCGUUAUUCCUCCUCGUCGUCUGCCGUCUGCGCCGUGCGCGUGCGUGUAUAUAUAUGCCGUCUUGGAGCACCGGUGGUUCCUGUGUAGAUGGGCUACGCCCCGAGGACCUCUGAGCAGUGCAGCCACGGAUAAACUCAGGUCCACCAAGAUAGUGACUGAACCUCCUGAACCUGGCCACAUCUGCGUUGCCGUCGGUGAACGAAUUGGUGCUAGGACUGAAAAAGGAAGAUAUAUCGCUGUGAUUAGCACGGUGUAGAGGCGAUCAUGUUAGCAACCCAAGCAAUUUCCUAUGGUGUUCUGUCCCUGUGUUUCUUGAUCCUGUUCAAUGCAGAGAGGAGAUCUAGCUUCAUGAAGUGGCUCUGCAAUUUCUUGAAGGGGACGAAGCCUGGGGAGUCGAACCGGCGACGGCCUCGGGUGAUGGGGGGAGAACACAGCACUCUCUGGCAACAUGAACCGAUCAGACCGAAGAGAGAAGAGCCACCUAGACCUGACAAUGAAGAAUUGGACCGUCAGAUUGCACUCUCUCUUGCAGAGGAUGCCAAACACCCUAAAGAGCGAAAUCACAAUAAGGGAGAGAAUGAUGAAGACCUUGCCAAGGCCAUGCAAGACAGUCUGAACAUGAAUCCUUACAUGCCUCACAAUCCUUAUGGCCCCGCUCAGGCCUUGCCUAGAGCGCACAGGGUCUGUGGUGGUUGCAAGCAUGAGGUAGGACAUGGCCAUUACUUGAGCUGCAUGGGAAUGUACUGGCAUCCUCAGUGCUUCCGUUGUUCUUCAUGUACCCACCCUAUCCGCGAGACUGAGUUCACCUUGCUAGGUGCAGAACCAUACCACAAGUUGUGCUACAAGGAGCUACACCACCCAAAAUGUGAUGUCUGCCUUCAAUUUAUCGCGACGAACAGGGCAGGCUUGAUAGAGUACAGAGCCCAUCCAUUCUGGGGACAGAAGUAUUGCCCUUCCCAUGAGCUUGACCGCACACCUCGUUGCUGUAGCUGUGAGAAAAUGGAGCCAAGGAACACAAAGUACAUGUCGUUGGGAGAUGGCCGCAGUUUAUGCAUGGAAUGCCUGGAUUCUGCGGUCAUGGAUACCGGUGAAUGCCAACCACUGUACCACUCUAUUAGGGACUACUACGAAGGGAUGAACAUGAAACUAGACCAACAAAUACCCAUGCUCCUGGUUGAACGGCAAGCGCUCAACGAAGCUAUGGAAGGAGAGUGCAGGGGUCCUCACCACAUGCCUGAAACAAGAGGCCUGUGUCUCUCGGAGGAGCAGACAGUGACCAGUAUACUUAAAAGGCCCAGGAUUGGUGGACAUAGAUUACUAGAUAUGAGAACUCAACCACAGAAGCUGACUCGGAGAUGUGAAGUCACUGCAAUUCUUGUCUUGUAUGGACUCCCCAGGUUACUAACUGGGUCCAUCCUUGCCCAUGAACUGAUGCAUGGGUGGUUGCGCCUCAAAGGUUACCGAAACCUAAGCCCAGAGGUUGAGGAAGGUAUAUGCCAAGUCAUGUCUUAUCUGUGGCUGGAGGCGGAGAUUCUCCCAGCUUCUACAAGACACGCUCAUCCUUCAUCAUCUUAUGCUUCUUCUUCAUCGUCCUCAUAUCGACCACCAUCGUCCAAGAAGGGAGGAAUAUCUCACACCGAGAAGAAGCUUGGCGAGUUCUUCAGGCAUCAGAUCGCGAAUGACACUUCAGAAGCAUAUGGCGAUGGUUUCAGAACUGCCUAUAAAGCUGUCAACAAGUAUGGCCUUCGCCAGACACUGAACCAUAUACGCUUAACCGGGGGUUUUCCUGUGUAAUAACACUUGAAGGAAACACAAAUGUCUAUAUCCAGAAAUGUAGGGAUCAUACGCACAUACAUAAGGAGAUGAAUGUGCUACACAAGGAUUCAUAUUUCAUGACCUUGCGUUUUCUGAGGGGUCAUGUCAGAGUGAAUCAGAAAAGAAGUUACAUUUGCUCGAAGUAACAGGAUGGCAGGUGUAAUAAGAUGACAUAACAGCAAUGUAACUCGCAGUAUUACCCAUGCUAAUGUAUUGAGGUAUUUCUUUAUGUA